GAACGCGCUGUUCUUGCCGCAGUUUUCGACCAGCUUGCGCUCCGGCGGUAUCGAGCGUGGAUCCGCGAUCAGGUCCGCUUUGUGCCUGGCUGCGUGUGCGUGUGAGUGUGUGUGUGCAUGUGAAUGUGUGUGGUAGGGAGCGCACCCAUUCACGGUUGCGUACAGUAGAGCGACGACGACAACGACGACCAAGACAAACGAAAAUGUGCCCGAUGUACAAGUUCUGACGCUUACAAAAAGUGAAAAUUCCUUUCCGAUUUCGAUACCACGCUCUCGUUUUUACACACGCACAAGUGAUUUAACGCCAAAGAAUUUUGCCCAAAAGUGAGCAAGUGUUUUCCCUGUCAGAUAUAGAAACCAUACCCAGCCAGAACAAAGCGUUAUAGUGCUUCAAUGCAAUUCAAUCGAUCGUGUGUGUAUGCGUGAGCAACAGAGAGCAACCACCAACUCUUCGUCGAUCGAGACCUGUACUUCAAUCUCCGAAAUUCACGAUGGGAAAUCAGCCUACUAAGCACACUGUGGCAAAGCCUAAGAAGGCUGUGCACUGGAAAUCAGCAGAACCACCGGCACCACCCGGAAAGCCGGCACUUGUUCCAGGCUCACCGUCAUCUGCACCUGACAUUGUAACCAUCCGCUGGAGUCGUCCUGCCACCGAUGGCGGCUCACCAAUACUCGGGUACGUGGUGGAACAGAGACGGACAGGUUCACCCCACUGGGUGCGCACCUGUCCAUCGCUAGUGCAGCAGACCGAACUCUCGCUGAGCGGUCUGGAGCCUGGCUGGCGUUAUCAGUUCCGCGUGAUGGCCGAAAACAUUGUCGGACGCUCGGAAAGCAGUGAACUAUCCGAUCCACUCACUGUGACACUGCAAAGGAACGCUAUCUCGGCCCCUCGCUUCGUCCACGAGCUGUUCGAUGCGACCGCUGUCGAAAACGAGAAGGUAGAGUUUCGGGUGCAGGUUGUUGGUACGCCAGCUCCACAAAUCAGCUGGUUCAAAGACGGGUUCGAGAUCUACAGCAGUCGGCGGGCGAGAAUCAUCACCGAGGCAGACGUCAGCGUACUCGUCAUCCAUCAGGCAGCACUGACGGACGAGGGAGAGAUCAAGUGUGCGGCCACGAACCGCGCCGGUCACACGGUAACCCGUUGUCAUCUCACAAUCGACGCGUAUCCGAAAAUACGUUUGCCGCGUCAGUACGAAGACGGUCUGCUUAUCGAGGCAGAGGAAGUCGUGCGUAUGAAGGUGGGUCUGGCAGGACGUCCGCCACCAUCCGUCGAGUGGAGCCACAACGGAGAACCGUUGGAGAAUGACGGCCGACACGAGAUCGUCACUACGGAUAAGAAUUCGACGCUCAAGAUAGCCAGCACCAAGCGUGCCGAUCGCGGAGAAUAUCACAUCCGUGCACUCAACAAACUGGGCGAAGAUAAUGCAUCCUUCCUGGUGACAGUGACUGCUCGCCCAGAGCCACCGGGCCGUGUGACGUUGGCCAUUUCGUACGGGAAAACCGCCACGCUUAGCUGGUCCGCACCGGAAGACGAUGGUGGAUGCAAGAUCGGUAACUACAUCGUUGAGUACUAUCGCGUCGGUUGGGACGUGUGGCUGAAGGCGGCCACCUGCCGUCAGCUCACUACCACCCUGAGCGAUCUGAUCGAAGGCUCUCAAUAUCGGUUUCGUGUGAAGGCAGAAAACCCCUACGGAUUGAGUGAUCCAAGCGAGGAAUCGGACAUUCUGUUUGUCCCGGAUCCGAAGCGUGGCAUUACGGACGCCUCAAAGAUGCAGCAGCAACAACAACAACCAUCCACUCUGCCACGCAAGCGACGCGAUCAUUCUCAGUCGCCGCUUCGCGAAACCUCCUCCAGACCCAAGAAAGCGUUUACGCCGGAACCUUACGGUCGUGACGAAAUAAUGCGCGAGAUGUCGUAUGGAACUCCGCUAGAUCUUGGUGUUGGCCAUGGCUACACUAGCCCAGCGUCUCCUGUUCCAGCGUUAGUCAUCACGGAACCAGCUCCGCUAGCCGAACCAGAAUCGGAGUCGGAAUCCAUUGGUCCUGCAACGACGUACGCAAGCCACACAUCACCCGGUAACCCACACUCGUCCCUAAAGGCGAUGCAGAAGUUCUCCAAAGAGCCUAGCCCACUGUCGUUGAAGUUAUCGGAUCGAGAUCUAUCCUCCAAUGGCAAUAGCUCCGAUCAGAUGGGAUCUGGCUCGGUGAGCGGUGCCGAAGCCCAAUCUAACAAGCAACCAAGCCAGAAAGCGGCCAUCCACAACAGCUCUGAGUUUAUGUUGGUCCUCUACAACGAGCAGGAAGCGAAGAAAUCCACACCAAGCAACAGUACCGCCGAUGGGUUGGCGCGCACCGGAUCCGUACCAUCGGGUGCUGGGAAAUCGCCUUGGUUUCGUUGGAGGUUUCAGAAAGAUAGGUACUUCCUCGAAAGACUUCUUACGCGACGAGGUUACCCGGGUGCGGUAUCGCGCAUUUCGUUGCGAUGCUCCCGAACCGGGUCCGGUAAGCUGUUUGUCCCCGGCCGUAGAGCAGUCUUCAACAUACUACUAGGUAAUUCUACCUUCGACUUUGAGCUGGAUGAGCUGGUGGCUCCUCCGCCGCCCCUAUCAUUAUCUGCACCGGAGCUUAACGUGGAACCGCCGCCGGCACCGACCAUGCGUGUUGGUGUCAGCUCGACGGAACUACUCUACGAGCGAGCUAUGGCACGCUUCUAUCAAGCGGUCGCUUACGAAGAGUCGGAGAACCAGCGCAAAGAAGCCGAACACGAGCAGGCCAUCCGACGCCACCAAGCAGCCGCUCAAGAGCAACUCCAAGAAGAGAAGGCCAGUAUCACAACCACCACAGUCAGCAAUCGAUUGGCCGAUCGUAGGAGCAGCCUUCGAAAGCGUCUCUCCGGAGAUAAGGACUCGAUCGUAAAGCAGUCCAGCUUCGAGCAGGAUCAAGUUCUUCCACAGCCGCAGGCCCAAUCGCAACAACAGCAGCAGCUAUCACAUUCCACACUAGCCGAGGACACGAUCGUCGAAGAACCGUCGCAAGGUGUGGAGCAGAUCGAAUCAUUUACGUCCCUGCCGAUCGGAUACUCCGAAGAGGAAGAGUCCGUUUCGUCCUCGAUGAACUCGAUGAUCGAGGAGCUGAAGAGACGUGAACAGCAGCAAAAGCUGCUCGAACAGCAGGUACUCGUGCUACCGAAACGACGCGGCUUCAUGGAUGACGACGAGACCGACGAAGAACCGUACCAUCCGGGUGGCGAGCGGAUGAGAUCACCCUACCGUAAUCCGGAUCCGAGUCAGGCGAUUGAGAUCCUCACAAAACCGAUGCCUCUGCCGGAUCCUAACUUUGUACCGAAACCCAUUCUCAAGCGUCCCUCUACGGAGGUGCUGGCAAAGGCAGAACAAGUAGCAAGCCAACAGUCGAACAGCAAUCUUCAAGUUAGCCCAGCGCAACCUCCAAAGCAACCGACCCCGGAACGCGAGAAAUCUCCCGCGAAAACGCCUACUCCACCUCGCAAGACGGAAGCAGCGCCACAGCCACAACCGGCAGAAUCAAAGCCAGAAUCCAAGCCACAAGCGUUCGCUCUUGCCCAGAAACAAGCCCCAGAGGGACAGGAGAUCGAGCGUGCGAUCGUCUCCGAAGCAGCUCGCCAGCGACGUCUCGAAUCGCGCCAGAACUCAAUCGAAGAGUCACGUGCUGUGGCCGAUUUUUACAGCGAUAUGGUGCAGCAAAUUGAAAGCUCGAAGAAACCUCGCAAACUACCACUCUACAUGAGCCCGGAUGAGGUACGCCGAUUGAACGAACGUGAGUACUCGCGAAACUCUUCCCGAGCCGGUUCACGAUCACCGCUUCCACUGGAAGAUGCGUACCUAAUGCGUGGCCGUACUUCACGCUCACCUUCGCUCUCUACCGACCAUCCGAUGGUUGUACAGCGCGGUAGUAAACCGGCCCGGGAGAGCAAGAUCUUGAGGCAACGAUCCGCUUCAAUUGAAAGUGAUGCCACUCCGAGACCUCCUUCAGUGGCACGAGACAUUGUGGCCAGUCCGGUGCAGGUUCGGGAUGAAGAAAAUGGACGCGUUAGUAGACCGACAGAGAAGAAGCGUGGUACUGGAAUGGCGGGUGCGGUGGUUAGGAAUCGAUCUCGAUCGAAUUCGGCCAUUAGGGCUGGGGCACAAAACCCAGCUGUGCCGUCGAAAGUGUCUCCACCAGGUGCUGCUCCAUUGCCCAAUGCACGCAGCAUCUCCAACAAGCAACCUACUCCAGAACCUUCCGAACUGGAGCUGCCAAAGUCCAAACCUAUCUUCACCACGCCCGAAGCGGUUGAACCGGAGCCAAAGGUUCCGAUCGUCAAAGAUCAGGAAGACAUGAAGCCUACCAUAUCUUACCUGACAGAUGUGGCCCUGUUUGUGAUUGCUUGUUGGCUGUAUCUGUUCAAGAAUCCCAAGCUAGCCAUCCCCGUCAUCCUGCUGAUUAUGUAUCGACACAUUCGGGAGGUGGUCAAGGACAAGAUUCCUGCCUGGAUGCGACGAACAGAGGUGACGACCAGCUGAGAACCUUAAGAGCACUUUGCGAAAUUAUUUCCGAUAAAGACAUUGCUGCACCUACCACAAGGAUCGCGUCCGCGCGUCACAGGGUUUUGAUUGUAGUGUUUCGUGUAGCCAGCACUAUCAGUUGGGGACCAGCCAAGUAGUCGGAGGUGACGCUUUUGCGAUGCCGGUUCCGUGUUCCGCACCGUGUUUGCGUUUAUUUGCUGUGCACCAGCUCACUUGGGUAAAUAUUCUUAUGCUACACUCUCUAGUGCCUUCACCGCGAAGAAGGACGGCCAGAGACCACACCCUUCGUCGACGAUAAGGAAUCUCGGUCUCUGCCUGUUACUCAUCUAAACCCAAAAAAAAACGAACGUUUACGCUUAACCUAAUAUUACUCUACAUUAGACGACGUGCUUUCGUUGCACGCUCAAUGACGCACUCACGUACUACACCGGGUUUAUUGUUCUGCACAUGGGAAGAGGGAAGAAGCUGGCCAGGAUCGUGUCCAUCCCCGGAUGCAACCUCAGACUCAGUCGAGUGCACCGAGUGUCCCGAUUAUGCUCACGAAAGCACCGACACACACAUACACACACUCACUCACACUCCACAUGAUUAUUUUUGUUACCUCAAAUUGUUGCACUUGCACAUGGCAUGGGAAUCCGUUUCGUCUCAUUGUGAACCACGAGGCAAGGGUUUCUUGUGUGUUUUUUUGGGGGGUUUGCUCUGCACGGUCGACGUUGCAACAAUUUCGCUCGAGCACACCGACACAAUUCCCACUACUAGCCAGCCGCUAGAGCUGUUUACCAUACGUGUAUUUGUACUCUGUUUACGUUAAGAAUGAAUAUGUGUAUGUAUAUACGUUUUUGAACAAGCGAAUCGAUAAAAAUCGUAAAAAUAAACAUAAUAAAAAAAAAGGUCGUUUACAAAAACCCAA